AGAUCUUACGUGUUCUAGUCCUUUGGAGGAAUAGGACGAUCUGGACUGAGAUCUUACGUAACCGGGCUGUUAAGAUUUGGAGGCCGCCUUGCCUGAAGGGUCAAUCGGGGGCGACACUUCGGAAUGCUACCACGGUGGGGAACAAGAUGACGGCACGUCUUCUACACAACGCUGCUUUUCUCCUGCUGUUUCUUACGGUCCUGUUGUCGGUGUGCCAGGCGCAAUGUCCGGACGGACAAUACCAGCCGUCCGACAAAGACUGGUGCUGCGACAGCAAAUGCCCUGCAGGAACACGUAUCAAACAGGACUGCCCGAAAGACAGACCAGACGAUGUGACGUGUGAACCCUGUAACCCCGCGGACCCAGCCCGGGACAGCUGUAGGAGCGGUGCCCUGGAGCAGCAGUACCCCACACCUGCAGCACAGACGGGAGACAACACGACAUCAAGUCCCAGAGACGAAGAGGCAGAGUCUCCCCCGAAGGUCCCACUGUGGAUCAUCCUCGUAGCAGUGAUUGGGAGUUUCGCCACCAUGAUACUUCUUGUAUUAGGUCCGGGACUUCUCAUCAUUUGGGUGUACAGGAAGAAACAUCCUCCACCACAGAACCAGAAUGGAACAGGUCCACAAAAUGGAGAGCGGCAAACAUUCCUGUACAGGAGCGCGGAUGGGACAGUGAGGAUCAACCGGCCCAGACCGGCCCAGCCUGCCGCGGUGGAGAUCGAGAUGGAAAGGCUCAACACAGACACCGACAACCACACGCCGAUGGGAGAGGCUGCCAAAGACCACAGAAGGCUGCCUGAUGACGGCAUCAGUACCGGAGCAGACGACAGCACCAGCGAGACUCUGUCUCACCUCUCCCAGGAGAGCGGAGAGGUGCAGACAUCAAGCGAUCUGGACGGGACAGACCCGAGAAGGAAGCUUAGAAGAGCAUCACCCAGAGAUGCCAACGAGGUCCCAGUUAAUGAAGAGACCACGGAGUACAUUGUGAGUAACCUAGGCAACAGGUAUCUCCGACUCGCCAGAUGCCUGCCAGCAACCAGUGGGAACAUCUUCUCAGUAACAGACAUCGCUGAUCUGAGAAAAAUAUACACAUUACACGGACCAGCAGAAGCCAUCAGAGAAACGAUAGAAGUGUGGCAGAGGAAGAAUGGUGAGCAGGCAACGCUAGAGGGUCUGCUGAUCGGUCUGUACACGUGUGAGAUGAACGGGAUUGUAGAGCACCUGUGUCAACUAAACGAUGUUCACCUUCCAGAUUGGUUCAGUUGAUCAGCAAAGCAAGUCGUGAUAUAUACUGACUAGAACU